AUGAGACAGCACAACCGCGUGCACACGGGAGAACGCCCCUUCGACUGCGGCAAGAACUUCAAGACAGCGCUAAACCUGACGAGACACCGGCGGUUGCACACGGGCGAGAAGCCCUAUGGCUGCUCCACCAGCGGCAAGAGCUUCGCCAGCUACGACAAUCUGCAACAGCACAACCGCGUGCACUCUGGUGAGAGGCCCUUCACCUGCUCCACCUGCGGCAAGAGCUUCGCCAGCUACGCCAGUCAACAGCAGCACAACUGUGUGCACAAGGGAGAAAGCCCUUUCACCUGCUCCGACUGUGGCAAAAGCUACAAGUCGUCGCAGGACCUAAAGAGGCACAGGCUCGUGCACACCGGCGAGCGCCCCUUCACCUGCGCCCAGUGCGGCAAGGGCUUCCCCCAGUCCCACAACCUGCUGUCCCAUCAGCGCACCCACACCAGCGAGCGCCCCUUCACCUGCACCCAGAGUGGCAAGGGCUUCACCAAGUCCCACUACCUGGUGUCCCAUCAGCGAACGCACACCGGCGAGCGCCCCUUCACCUGCGCCCAGUGCGGCAAGGGCUUCACCCAGUCCCACAACCUGCUGUCCCACCAGCGCACCCACACCGGCGAGCGCCCCUACACCUGCAGCUACUGCGGCAAGAGCUUCAUCCGCUCCUCCAACCUGCUGGUGCACCAGCGCACCCACACCGGCGAGCGCCCCUUCACCUGCGCCCAGUGCGGCAAGGGCUUCACCCGCUCCGACAGCCUGCUGUCCCACCAGCGCACCCACACCGGCGACCGCCCCUUCACCUGCGCCCAGUGCGGCAAGGGCUUCACCCAUUCCAGCACCCUGCUGCUGCACCAGCGCACCCACACCGGCGAGCGCCUCUUCACCUGCGCCCAAUGCGGCAAGGGCUUCACCCGCGCCAACAACCUGCUGGUGCACCAGCGGACCCACACCAGCGAGCGCCCCUACACCUGCGCGCAGUGCGGCAAGGGCUUCAUCCGCACCUCCAAGCUGCUGGAGCACCAGCGCACACACACCGGCGACCGUCCCUUCACCUGCGCCCAGUGCGGCAAGGGCUACACCCAUUCCAGCGCCCUGCUGGUGCACCAGCGCACCCACACCGGCGAGCGCCCCUUCACCUGCGCCGAGUGCGGCAAGGGCUUCAUCCGCUCCUCCAUCCUGCUGGCGCACCAGCGCACCCACACCGGCGAGCGCCCCUUCACCUGCGCCCAGUGCGGCAAGGGCUUCAUCCGCUCCUCCAACCUGCUGGUGCACCAGCGCACCCACACCGGCGAGCGCCCCUUCACCUGCGCCCAGUGCGGCAAGGGCUUCACCUGCUCCGACAGCCUGCUGUCCCACCAGCGCACCCACACCGGCGACCGACCCUUCACCUGCGCCCAGUGCGGCAAGGGCUACACCCAUUCCAGCACCCUGCUGGUGCACCAGCGUACACAUACCGGCGAGCGCCCCUACACCUGCGCCCAGUGCGGCAAGGGCUUCACCCGCGCCGACAACCUGCUGGUGCACCAGCGGACUCACACCAGCGAGCGCCCCUACACCUGCGCCCAGUGCGGCAAGGGCUUCACCCGCUCCGACAGCCUGCUGUCCCACCAGCGCACCCACACCGGCGACCGCCCCUUCACCUGCGCCCAGUGCGGCAAGGGCUACACCCAUUCCAGCACCCUGCUGGUGCACCAGCGUACACAUACCGACGAGCGCCCCUACACCUGCGCCCAGUGCGGCAAGGGCUUCACCCGCGCCGACUACCUGCUGGUGCACCAGCGGACUCACACCAGCGAGCGCCCCUACACCUGCGCCCAGUGCGGCAAGGGCUUCACCCGCUCCUCCAAUCUGCUGUCCCACCAGCGGGUUCACGCGGCGACCGUCCCAUCCUGAACCUGGUGCGUGAAGAGCGCUGUACCAUGGCCUCCCACACUCUGUCUCACCAGUGCGUGCACACCAAUGGCCAGCCCUACAACUGCCCGUACUGCGGUAAGGAGUUUGACAGCUCGCGGGGGUUGCGGCAGCACCAGCGGACCCACGCCGGCGAGCAGCUGCUCCAACUGUGACUAGAGAGCACGGGGCCUGCGGGACCACCAGCGGAUAUACACCGGAGAGAGACCUUAUGUGUGCGCUGAGUGUCAAGUCAAGUUUAUUCGUCACAUACACAUACGAGAUGUGCAGUGAA